GAGUAUAGGCCAAGAGACGACCACGGUUAAUGUUAAUGAAUGUUUAUCCUCAUCAACUCUCAUGAGAUUCCGUUUCCUUCAAUCUGGUGUUUUUCAAACUCGAGAACUUUCAACUCGAAAGGAAAAAACACAGUUGAAAACUUUGAAAAUUCCCAUUUUUUCUAAAUCAAAUAUCAACCACAUAUUCAUCCUAACUCGCCAUCCGAAGGGACGUUUACCCCCGCUGAGGCUACCUCUCUGUAAGCUCCUAAAACUCAAGAGUACAAGUUCAGAAAGAAGAAAAGAACACAUUCCUUGAUUUAUCGUUCACCUUCAGAGAAUGGGGACUGUUCUGGACUCUCAUUUCUUGGCCUUCACUGCGAUUGUCACUGUGGGUUAUCAGUUGUUGUUCUUCAUAGUCACAGCCUUGCUCAAGUUUGACAAAGUCACUGAUUUUGCUGGAAGCACAAAUUUUGUAAUAAUUGCUCUGUUGACAUUUCUUAUCAGAGGAACAUGGCACUUUAGACAGAUAAUCCUUACUCUGCUUGUAGUAUCAUGGGGCCUUCGUCUGGGACUAUUUCUGUUAAUGAGGAUAUUAAAAUGGGGAGAAGACCGGCGUUUUGAUGAAAUGCGUAGUAAUUUGUGGAAAUUAGCAAUCUUCUGGCUACUUCAGGCUGUCUGGGUCUGGACUGUAAGUUUACCGGUAACAGUGAUUAAUGCAAUUGACAGGAAUCCAUCUCUUCAGGCUGCAGAUAUAAUUGGGUGGAUUAUGUGGUCUAUAGGUUGGUUUAUUGAAACCACAUCUGAUCAACAAAAACUUUCUUUUAAAAACUCUCCUGAAAACAGAGGAAAAUUUUGCAACAUUGGACUAUGGAAGUACAGUCGACAUCCAAACUAUUUUGGUGAGAUUUUGCUUUGGUGGGGAAUCUUUGUGGCUGCUUCUCCGGUACUGGAAGGUGCUGAGUGGCUGGUGAUCCUAGGACCAAUAUUUCUCACAUUGUUGCUUCUUUUUGUCAGUGGCAUACCAUUGCUCGAGGAGUCAGCAGACAAGAAAUUUGGCAACAUAACUGCAUACAGCGUAUAUAAGAGGACAACCAGUCCUUUAAUCCCACUACCACCAGUAGUCUAUGGGAAGUUGCCGUCAUGGUUGAAGGCAACGUUUCUCUUUGAAUUUCCUUUAUACAGUCGUAAUCUUCCACAAGAAGGGCUAAACUGGUGUAGAACAAGUCUUGGAGAGCACAGCAAUGGAGGAAAGGUGGAUUAGGGCUUCAUAAUCCUUUGAAUUCGCUGUCGGAUUUGCUCUAUUGACUCCUGAUCUCAGGCUGAAACAGUUGCAUUCAUGUGGCUUUUUGGGGGAUCUCUUCUUCAUGACUAGCUUCUUUGUGCUUCUGUGUUUCUAUUACUGGCGACUAGUAAUUUUGAAUGCAUAUAAAUUAACAUUA